UGAAGUUCGGAUUGAAGCAUCAUGGAGUGGACGUGGUCAAUUACGUGUUUGUUUGUAACGAUAUUAUCCAUAUUAUAUGGCCUACUGAAGUACCAAUACUCACAUUGGAAACGACGUGGAGUGCCUUAUAUCGAACCCAAAUUUCCCUAUGGAAACCUUAAAGGCUAUGGAAAAACCGAGCAUCCUGUGUUCGUUCACGACGAGCUUUAUAAAAAGUUCAAGAACGAAGCACCAUUUAUGGGAGCGUAUUUCACCCUCGUGCCAGUUGCGUUACUCACGGACUUGGAUUUGAUUCACAAAGUGCUCAUCAAGGACUUUAACUACUUCCUAAAUCGUGGAUUUUACUACAAUGCCCGCGACGAUCCGAUCUCUGCACAUAUGUUCGCCCUAGACGGAGAGGAAUGGCGGGAGGUUCGAAGGAAGUUCACUCCGUCUUUCACACCGGCUAAAAUGAAGUACAUGUUCCCCACCGUCAUCCAAGUUGCGGACAAGUUCAUGCCACUUUUAGAGAACACCCUAGCCAAGGACAAUGCCAUUGAGAUUCGAGGACUCUUGGCUCGCUUCACUACUGACGUCAUCGGAACCGUAGCCUUCGGUAUUGACUGCAAUAGUAUGGAGAAUCCUGACACCAAAUUCCGCUUAAUUGGCAAAAAAGUGUUCGACGAGCCUCUUCACUCGAAAUUUAUACAGGUCGUCCUGUCGUUAUGUCCGGAGGUUGGACGUUUCUUCAAGAUAAAAUUGUUCUCGGACACAGUCAGCUCCUUCUUCAGUGGUGUGGUUAAUGAGAUCGUCCAUCAACGUGAAACCACGAACUAUAGGCGACAGGAUUUCAUGGAUCUUCUGAUUGAAAUGAAAAAUUCGCCAAUCGAUAAAAAGAAAAUCAACAUGAACGAGUUGACUGCCCAAGCCUUUGUGUUCUUCCUGGCUGGGUUUGAAACCUCAUCGACAACCAUGUCAUUUGUUUUAUAUAAUCUGGCGAAACAUCCUGAAGUACAGGAGCGAGUACGUAAUGAAAUUUUAGAGGCGAUUAACCGACAUGACAACGAACUCACGUACGAAGCUAUUAUGGAAAUGACUUACCUGGAUCAGGUCAUCAAUGAAAGCCUCCGUAUGUUCCCGCCACUAGCGUCUCUAACACGUCGCGCCGUGGAUGACUACAAAGUGCGCGGCACCAAGCAUACAUUCGAAAAAGGAUCUUCACUCCUCAUACCAACCUAUUCAAUCCAUCAUGAUCCCAGCAUAUAUCCAGAUCCCGAACGAUUCGAUCCAGAACGUUUUUCACCGGAAGAAGUUAAAAAACGUCAUCCUAUGUCCUUCUUACCAUUUGGGGAUGGUCCACGAAAUUGCAUUGGUCUGCGAUUCGGUGUAAUGGUAACGCUGGUUGGAGUCUCAUUGAUAUUGAAACAAUAUCGCGUGAAUGUUUGCUCAAAAACAGCGAAUCCUUUGGUGUUUUCACUGAAAAGCAUCAUUUUAGCGCCUGAAGAUGGUAUGUGGUUGCAAUUUGAUAAACUCUAGGAGUAAGUUCCAAGAUUGUUUGAAUUAAGGAUAGACAAUAAAGUUAUGUUAUUUUUGAA